CUCACUGGGUGUUUUUUUCUUCUCCUCCUGCUGGAAGUCACGGCUGUGUUACGAUCUGCGGAAGAGCAGGGAAGACAUUCCUCCGGCGCAGCAGCGGGGGUUUGGGCACUGCAGAGGCCGGGAGAGGAGAUUCGAACGCCGGGGAAGACCGGUACCACUCCGGGGUUUGUUUGGCGGCAGCGAGGCAAGACGGAGGAGAAGCAGGGAGGCAGAUGGAAAGAUGACCCGAGUGUGAGCAGCUCAGCUAAGUUCAACAAAGCUCCAUCUGAGUAACUUUAACUCUGAGGCCUCCCAGAUCAUGGCUGCCAGCUUUUUAGCCGACAGGCGCAUUGUCGCUGGCCUGCUGGUCAACCUGUUCUCCUCCAUCUGUAUCGUCUUCAUCAACAAAUGGAUCUACGUACACUAUGGCUUCCCCAACAUGACACUGACCCUCGUUCACUUUGUGGUCACUUGGCUGGGACUCUACUUCUGCCAGAAAAUGGAUGUUUUUGCUCCAAAAAGCCUUCCGAUUCGCAGGAUUGUGUGGCUGGCUCUGAGCUUCUGCGGGUUCGUGGCCUUCACCAACCUUUCCCUACAGAACAACUCGAUAGGAACGUACCAGUUGGCUAAAGCAAUGACCACUCCUGUCAUCAUCCUCAUCCAGACUACCUACUACAAGAAGACCUUCUCCACCAAGAUUAAACUUACACUGGUACCCAUAACAUUAGGAGUGAUACUGAACUCGUACUAUGAUGUGCGGUUCAACUUGCUGGGGAUUGUGUUCGCGUCUCUUGGAGUUCUGGUGACAUCACUUUACCAAGUGUGGGUAGGGGCAAAGCAACAUGAGCUCCAGGUGAACUCCAUGCAGCUUUUAUACUAUCAGGCUCCUCUAUCAUCAGCCUUCCUGCUCUGCAUCGUUCCACUGUUUGAGCCGCUGACUGGCCCCGGAGGAAUAUUUGGACCCUGGUCUUUGCCUGCUCUGAUGACUGUGCUGUUCUCAGGCGUGGUGGCUUUCCUGGUCAACCUAUCCAUCUACUGGAUCAUUGGAAAUACGUCACCUGUUACCUAUAACAUGUUUGGUCAUUUUAAAUUCUGCAUCACACUGGUUGGUGGAUACCUGCUCUUCCAUGACCCACUGUCACUCAACCAGGCGUUGGGGAUCCUCUGUACUCUGGCAGGUAUCCUGUCUUACACUCACUUCAAGCUGAUGGAGCAGGAAGAAGGGAAGAGCCGGCUGGCCCAAAGACCCUAGGCCAUCUUAACAUGUUGGUCUGCUGCACAGACUCCUGCUAUUGGCUAUCCACAGAGAGACCAGCUAGAGAUACCUCUUUAUAUAUUUUUACCAUUUUUAUUACAGUUAUUUUUUUAGAAGAGAAGGGAUUUCAUCGUGGAUCGUGUCAGAUUUAAACGUAUAUGGCAUGUUAACACUGCUGUUCAUACUACUUCCACUGAGCUUCAGCAGCACUGAUCCAAAGUCUUAAAGAAACCUGAAGCUCAUCACAAAGGCAGCUUCUCAAGUGUUAACUCGCUCUCAUCACGCAGCUUUAACAUAGAUGGAUGGAGGUGAGGUUUAAACCAACCAAUCAAUCAAAAGAAGGCUGCAGUUGGGCUCUGUGAAAGAUCCUUCAGGACACCAAACCUUCAUCUGUUGCUGGAGGCUGAAAAAAAAUAUUGCAGUGAUAUUAGAAAAAUUGCAUCAUCAUCUGCUGUUUUUCUGAUUUUUGGUACUCAGUGCAGACAUGAAGGCAGAAGACACUGAUGGGAAUCCAUCAGCAAUCUGGCUGGAUUUGUUUAAACAAGUUUACAUAAUAAAUACUUCUGUCAGGUCCCACCUGUUAUCCAUCAACCACUGGAAGAAACCAGUUUGCUUUGAAGUGAAAUUUGAAGGAUUUUCUUAUUAAAUCAUUUCAGUGACUUACAGAUCAUGAACACAUAGAAACUCAGACACUGUUGGGGCUACAGCAGUUUUCCAAAGAAGUGAGUGGCAGAAGCUUUUCUGUUAUCAGCCUUUCUGUAUAAGUGAUUUCCAUAGACUGAUCAAAAUGAAUUUGAUUGCUAGUCAAAAGCCAGUAACUUACAUGUGGUAUGAAGUGAUAAAUGAGGUUCAAUAUUGAAUAAAAAGUUACUAAAUAACUUCUCCAUAAACUGUUCUAAAAUUUGUGGAAGACUUUAUAAUCAGGCAGAAAUGGGUUAAAGUGAAAUGGUUUAUAAAAUGAUGGUUUCUUCCAUUUCUGAGUCUCUGGCUCGUAUUACUGAGCAGAAAAGUGACUCGUUGCAGUUCUGCAGGGCUGAGUUUGCUGUGUAAAAUUUUUGUGGAUUUUCUUUGCAAAAGUUAUUUGUUUGGCCCUUCAAAUCAGACACUGACCUGAAUAAUUCAUUAAUCUGUUGGGGGAUUUUGUUGUUGUUUAGAGUCUGCGAUAGGUCUAGUUUUAUUUCAGAUUUAGCCACAUUCAUUGCUGAUGUAACUUUUUUAAAUUAGUAUUUUUUGAUAAAAUUUUCUUAGCUUGUGUAGCUGUUAUUUAGUGACAUAUUGCAUUAUUUGGGUUUUUUUUUUUGCAGUCUGAUCCUUUGUCUUGACCGUGUUGAUGGUACAGGUGGGAUUUUGGGGACGUGGCUCAGCAAAGCAUGAUGAUCUGCUAUUGUGGAUUACAAAUCUGGAGAAAUGCUCAGUUACUCAAAGAAUUGUUGAAAUAAAACUUUAAUCUUCUGCAUCUACAGUGAUUUCUUCUUCAUGACACUUUGUGAUGUACAGCAGCUUCUGAACAUGUAGUCCUCAAUCUGACAUCCUCGUGGUGAGCACGCUCAGUAGCGCUUUCUUGUUUAUAUUUCACUGUAUUAAGCAAAUUCAGCCUGCUGAAUAAAAACGAAUUAAGUGGCAGUUUGGAUUGUUUGAGGGUACA